AUGUCCAGCGCAAUGCCGUCUCGGGAACGAUACGCCUCCAGUGCGCAGGAUGCCGCCUCGCCACGCGUUCCGUUCCCGAGCUCGCCCGCAUCUCGGCGCGCAGGUCACGUUCGCUCGGCUUCCAUCCUCAGCUCAUCCAGCAGCGUCUCCAUCCCCUCUCGCUCAUCCUCGGUCAUCAUGAGCCCAGCCGCUGUCCCCGCUCGCAGCUCAUCCAUCGCCAACUCGCCGAGCAAGAGUCGAACUCUCCACGACGCGCGAACCGGCCUUCCUCUCACCGCCUCCGAUCUUGCCGAUACCAUCGCCGGCCUCACUCUGGCCGAAGCGCCUACACUUGACGCAUCCUCAAGCCGCCCAGACCCUCUUGAGACGAAUGCACAGCUUGAUACUAGCUUUGACGUCCGCACACCUCAACCACUGUCGGCUCCCUUUGCUCCGCCCGUCUUCAAAUCGACCCCUCCGCACAGCGCCGACUCCGACAGGAAUGCUCUGCUCUCUCCACCCCUUCCCGACCUUGGCGACCGUCAAGCUGAGAUCAUGGAGAUCGGCGAUGAGAUCAACGAUGCACACGAUGCCAUUCAGCUCCUUCAGGCUGACAUCUUCUCCAUCCAAGAGCAAAGGCACGGUUCCCGUACAAACCAACAGGCCCCCAGCCUUGUCCCAGACGUAUCGGAUCCGUCGACUGCACCACAGACCCCACCCAACGGCGCGCUUCCUGCCGGCGUCGACCUCUCAUUGAUGCAGCUCGACGAGAAGCUCGAAUCGCUCUCACGCGUCAUGCAGCAGCUCGAAGUCCGCCUCGCCAACCUCGUCGACCCUGCCUCGGAUCUCGCAGAUUCGGAGGCAGCAGACUCUUCCAUCAUCGACAAUGAUCUCAUCAGCCACCAAUCUCGAGCUCGUCGCACCAGCACCGCGAGCGACGAUAGCCUCGGCUCCAUCGACGACAUCGCCUUCCCUGGCUUUGCUCCCGCUCUUACUCCACUCAGCCUGCGUGCAAAGUAUGCCGACCUUUGCACAGAAUGGGCCGCGGUUCAAGAGGACAUCGAUGGGCUCAAAAAGGAACUCGCAGACGACAGAUACCUCGACGUCUUUCGAUCCAUCAGCACACAAGCCGAAGGCAUGAUGGACAGUCUCGACAAGGCCGUCUCCCUGUGCCACAUUUUUGUCGAGCAGAUCCAACAAGACCAUGCCGCCGGUAGACUACAGCCAAGCAGUGCAAUCUCGGACGAGCUCGAUGCCGAAUAUGAUGUUCAAGCAAAGCACGACCAACUCGUCGAUCUGACAAAGACCUUCAACGUCAAGAAGGCCUACUACUUCCCUGCCUGCCAGCAGGUAUUCCACAGCCUCGAGAAGGGCUGCAAGGAGAGGCAGACCUCCAACGGCACCAUCCUGCGCCGUCUGUCUGAUCUGCGCUCGCGAUGGCGCGUCCUGCGCGAUGCAUUGGCAAAGACCGAACGCGACCUCAAACGCACCGACGCCCUCUUCCGUCGCGUCCGCUCCGACAGCAGCAGCUCCUCUGUCACCAACGACAUCGCCAGUCCCGCCACGUCCACUUCAAGUCUCCCUCCGGUUGCUUCGAAGCUCCGCCCCAGCGCCUCAAUGCAGACUGGCCUCGGUCUCGGCACACCCGCUCGCGCUACCGCCUCUCAGAAACGCAUCUCGCCUGCUUCGUCGUCGUCUUCACGCGUUGCCAGCGGUCCCAGCCGCUUGUCUAGCAGCUCUUCUGUCGGCUCCAAUCUGUCAAACACUCCGCCCGCGGCCGCUACGCCGCAACGCCUCAGGCGCAUCUCGGCAACCGCCGAAUCGCUCGGCCUCUACUCUAAGCCAGCCGCCACAUCACCGCGCUCUGCUUUCUCCCGGCAACUCGACGUACCUGGUUCAUCGCAGCGCACAGCGGCCGGCAAGUCAAUCGGCGGUCCCACCUCGCCGUCAGCCUUUGACUCUCCCAUCCGAAACCGAGCUACCUCCAUGGCCAAUGCGGCAACCGGAGCAGUGGAAAAGGGAGUCCUCGGAAGGUCGCCCGGCGCCAGGCCCAUCUCCAUGAUCGGAGGUCGACCCGCCGUCGGCGGCGCUUCAGCCAGUCGCACUGCAGCCACGGGCACGCCUAGUCGACCGCCACCCUCGAGUUUCAAGCCCUCGUGGCAUGAUCUUGACGCUGCUGCCGGAUCGAAUCGGGCCCGUGCGCCGCAGUCUCAGUCCAUGCCGCGCUCCCAGUCGCAAGUGCUGUGGCCAUCCCAGUCGCAAGACUCUGGCAAGCAAGAUGACGCUGACGAGUCCAUCGAGUACCUCAAGUUUGGCGAGGGCUCGUCGCCGGCGCGUCCGGCGUCGUCAGCUGGCCAGUACUACCGUCCGCCUUCGGCACAAGGCAAUGUAGGCGACGCCAGGUCGCGCAAGCGAGACUCGAUGAUCCCUCGGCUUUCUGUGCGCAACCCCGAGGGCGAAUCAACGCCAAGCAGGCCAAGCUCAGCCAUGUCGCAGAACUCGACAUCCACGCCCAUGCGGUAUUCCGGCGCCUCGAGGCUCAGCAUGCAGACGCCCGAACCGGCGAUCGUGGCGAGGGCACAGAGGCUGAGCAUGUAUGCGCGAGCACCCUCCACAGGCAUGGCCGGAAUGAGCGGGGCACACACUCCCAGCAAGAGACCCAGCAAGCCACCGCCGACGCGGCGCAACGGCGCCCUGGCCUCUGGUCGAGCGACGCCGCUGUCCGCAGCCGCGCUUGCAUCGCUUCCGUCGGCCGAACCGGGAGCAUCUUUGAAGCGAUCCAGUAUCUCGAAUCUGCGCUCGCUUCACAACGGUCGAACCACUCCCACGGCCAGCGAGAACGGAUCGGUCGGAGGCCUUUCUGCUGGGACUUGGUACGGAGCGGGCAGAGGCGCCCGCGGUGUGUCUGUCGGAGCUGGCUCACGCAUUGGAUCUGGCUCUGUGGCGGGCAGCAGCUACGGAGCGACUGGCGCCAUUGAGCUGUACCGAGCCAAUCCGAACGACGCGCUGGACGUCGAGGUGGCGGCGAUCUGCAAUGGGUUGGGCGUGGCGCUCGACCGCAUCGAUCCGCCUUUGCCGCGAGGCGUGCGUCUGGAGGAAGGGCCGGGCAAGGACAACCGAGCCAUGUACGAGAUCGGCGGGCGCAAGAUGGCGUGUCGACUGCUGGAACUGCAUCGGCCGGCGGGCAGUGCAGGCGCGCGCGCGGGAAGCAAGGCCAAGAAGAUCCUGGUGCGCGUGGGCGGUGGCUGGCAGGACCUCGAGCAGUGGCUCCUUGGUCGGCUGAGCUCAGCCUAG